GUGGGGCAUCAGACAGUGUUGCGCAUAAACUUAAAAGUGGCUUCUUGAGUUCAAGUUCAGUCUGCGUGAACUCUAUAGUCAAACUCAUCCCACCGGGAACACAUCGGGAAGUCUCUUCGGGAGAAUCUUACAGCCAUGUUUCUGUACAUUUGCGGGUUGGUGGUCCUGUAUUACAUUGUGAGAUGGUACCGGGAGCGUGAAAGAGUUCCAGACAGAGGGUCUAAGCAUGUUUUCAUCACGGGGUGUGACUCUGGCUUUGGAAAGCUCCUCACAAGCCAUCUGGAUAAGUGCGGAUUCUGCGUUGUGGCAGCGUGCUUGACAGAGAAGGGAGAGGAGGAGCUGAAAAAGACUUGUUCGUCUCGAUUGUCUACCGUCCAUCUGGAUGUCACGAAGUCUGAGAGCAUUGAUAAAGCAUUUGCUUUUAUCAAGAACCUGGUUGGAGAGAAGGGUUUAUGGGCUUUGGUGAAUAAUGCUGGUGUAGCUGUACCAUCGGGCCCUGAUGAUUGGCUGACACUGCAAGACUAUAAGAACAUGCUGGAUGUCAACCUUAAUGGGGUCAUCGGUGUGACCCUCAGCGUCCUGCCGCUCAUCAAAAAGGCCAGAGGUCGUGUGGUUAACGUCGCAAGCGUAUUCGGAAGAAUCAGUCCUUUCGGUGGACCAUAUUCUGUGUCGAAAUAUGGCGUGGAAGCUUUUAAUGACACUCUCAGGAGGACCUUGUAUUACUUUGGUGUGAAGGUUCUGUGCAUUGAACCAGGAUUCUUCAAAACCAACGUGACAGAUGUUGACCUGCAGAUUAGAAAUGUGAAGAAGCUUUGGGAAAAGAUGCCAGAGGAGACCAAAGAGGAAUAUGGACAUGAUUAUGUUCACAAAGUGGAAAACGUGAUGAAAGAGAAAUUCUCCAACAUGCCAGACGGCAAUCUGAUGAAAGUGGUGAGCUGCAUGGAGCACGCCGUCUCGGCCGUCCGUCCUCGUACCCGUUAUUCCCCGGGGUGGGAUGCGAAGUUUUUCUGGCUGCCGCUCUCUUACCUCCCCACGUGCAUCUCUGACUACCUGCUGCUCAAAGAUGCUGUUAGACCAGCCAAAUGUGUGAUGUGAACAUCCCUGAGGGCAUUAGCAACGUGGACUGCUGUGCCAUUUCAUAUCCAUGCAUAGGUGUUGGAGGCUUUUGCAAUGGCAGUUGCCAUAACUGGCACAAAGCCUUCUUUUGUAAAACAUUAACUGAUCUAAAUAUCAGCAGAGGAACACAUUCUUUUGACUUCAUGCCGUCGGGAUUACUCCCUAUUACAAACUGAUAAUGCACCAAAAUCCAUUAUAAAUCUAAACAGUUGUUCUGUUUUGGCUAUUAUCACUUAACUCAAAUUACAAACAGUAGCAAACAAAGUGUUAGUGCAGUAUAAAACGUAAAACAACCUGUCCAUAUCAUAGCCAAUAGAGUCACAGAAAUCAAGAUGUCAAGGUUUAGUUGAUGCAAGCCUGUGGCCUUGACUUGUUGAUAGGAUAUGAUGAUGAAAUGCUGCACGUGCCAGGUGAAGAUUUUUUAACAAUGUUUGUGGGAAGAGAAAAAUCUUUCUAGUUUUUUUUUUUUUUAAGUGAUUAUAGGCCGAACGGGUCCUGCGAACCUUUUGCUUACAAAUGUGUAAAAUAAAGGAAACACUUGGCAGGCGUUUAUGUCUUUAAACACCAAUGCUGGUGAUUUGAGCUUUCAUUCGAGUUAUUGAUUGUAUGAAUAUAAUCAUUUGAUAUGGCAUUUAUCAUUUAUUGCCUUUUGAUAGGAUAGUGUGUGAUAUGAAAGUCUGCCAAAAUCGGGGCAUUUGAUUGCACCCGAGGUCAAACUGGAAUAUCGUAAUAAUUCAUUGACUAAGUUCAGUAUAAAAUGUGCAUGAUAAAUAACACUGUUCAACUUCUGUCAUGUAACAAAACCUCAGGUUAUUGGUUGAACAUCAAUAACGGCUUAGACACGUUCUGGUUUACUGUGCAAUGACGCCAUCAUGUGGCUGAAGAUUUGAAAGGACCAACAUAUUCUAAUGAAAUAAACAAUUAUUGAAAUUUAUUGAAACAAUGCUGAAAUGGAUUAUUUUGGAAACAAAUAAAUUCAUACGUUACUAUACAUACGUCCCUACCUAGUAUUCUAUGAAAACAUUUAGAGCUGCAUUUGAAUAAAAUCUGAAUCAUACAUGCCAAGUAAAGGUUAAUAUAAUACAAAUUCUACCAGUUAAACAUUUGUAUUUGUCAAUUUAAGAUUUGUAAUUUAAUUUGAAUCAAUGGAAGGAUUCUCUUAAAUUGAUUUGCACUAUGAACAAGUGAACAUGGAUAUUUAAAGCUAGAUAAGUGUUUUUAAUUUUUCCAUAAAUUUACAUUUGUAUGUCUUUAAACUAUUUCAGAUUUAUACCUCUGCCAUUCAGACCAGUACUAACAGGAAAACCAUUUAAACUAAUCACCUACAAUGUCCUGUGAGAAAAACAUUUGUGAAGUUUUAAAAAAAUAAAAGUCAAGCAAUACUAGAUCAGUGUUUGUUAAAUGGAAACAUUUUGUGAAAGUGGUUCUCAUGGCAGAUUACAAAAUAAACCGGUUUUAAAAUUAGGAUGGUUUCUCCAUGCUUCAUUUUAUCUGAUUUUUCAGAGAAUAUCCAUAUUAUUGGUUCCUUUAAAGAUGACCAGUGCUUUGAUAAACAGGGUUGCUAGUGCUGAAAAUUUUCUAUUGAGCUUUAAACGUAUCCUGUUAGGAUUGAAUUUGUUCUAGUUAAACUUUCAUUUUGCUUUACAAAUGUAAAUUAACCUGCAGUCAAUUUACAAAAAAAAAAACCUUACAAAGGAAUAGGAGUCAAGAAAAAGAAACUGUUCACGGCAAGACAGUUUUAUUUCCAUCUUGAUUAAUUGGAAACAUUAAAUAGAACUUUCAGGAUGACCAUUGAUAAAGAUACAAUUGCAUUUUGAAUGUGACGUUACAAACCAAGUGCUCCUCCUUUCCAUUCAGCCCACCCCCAAGACAUUUAAAAGUGACUUAUUUACGAAUGUUCCUCAGCCAGUUUCUCUGCCUUCAGGACGACCUCCUCAAUUGGCCCCACCAUGUAGAAGGCCUGUUCAGGAAGUGCAUCAUACUCGCC